ACUGAAAGGCUGAAGGGCCACAAGCUGGUGGCGCCUGUGAAGAACUUGGAUGACAGGGCCUGUCUGAAGCAUGGACGCCCCUUGGAGCUGUACAGCAGGACGCAGCAUAGAUGCAUUUGUGUUCGUUGUAUGGAAGAAGGUCCGGAGGAAGUUGUCUCUACCGAAGAUGAAUGGGAGAAGAAGAAGGUUCAACUUGACAACAGCAAGACAGAAUUAGAAACAAAAAUUGAGAGGAGAGAAAAACAAUUGGGCGAGAUUAUUGAAUCUCUAAAGAAGUGCAAGGAGCAGCUGGACGGUGAGUGGUGGAAUAUUGAUGUCGUGUUCACCGCUGUGCUUGCGAUCGUGGAGGAAGCCCAGGCAAGAGCUCUUCAGCCACUGAAGGACAGGAGGCAGGUUCUGGAGAAAGAGGCGGACGACCUCAAAAAGGAGCUGGAAACAGAGAUCACUCGUUUCAAGGUGACCAUCUCUGAGCUGGAUGAAAUAUCUUCGCUUGAGGAUCACAUCCAUUUCCUGCAGAGUUACCCAUCUCUUCAAGACCUGGAUGACAUCAAAGACUGGGCGGAGGUAGAGUUGGACACCUCCCUGUCUUUUGGGACCAUGAGAAAAACUACAACAAUUAUGAUGGAACAAAUUCAACAGGAGCUGGAGAAGCUGACGUCCAUUGAACUUAAGAGAGUUCCAAAGUUUACAGUGGACGUAAAGCUGGAUCCAACCACUGCGCACCCACGCCUUGUUCUUUCUCAUGAUGGGAAAGAGGUGAAAGAUGGAGGGGAGAAUCAUGAAGUCGAUGAUACACCGGAGAGGUUCGACAAGUUUGGCAGUGUCCUGGGGAUCAACAGCAUGACCACUGGGAAGUCAUACUGGGAGGUGGAUGUUAGCAACAAGGCCGGGUGGGAUCUGGGUGUGGCAAGGGGCAACGCAAACCGCAAGGGGAAACUCUCAGUGAAUCCGGACAACGGCUACUGGGUGACUGUGCAUUAUGAAGACACAAAGUACGCCGCUAUGACAGCGCCACCAGUUCGUCUUUCCCCGAAAGAGAAACCUGAGAAGCUGGGAGUGUUUCUGGAUUACGAGGAAGGUCUCGUCUCUUUCUACAAUCUGACGGCUCAGUCUCACAUCUACUCCUUUACCGAGUGUCCGUUCAGGGAUGAGCUCUUCCCGUAUUUCAGUCCACAUGUAAAACAAGAUGAUAAAAAUGGUGAUCCUUUGAUUAUUUCUGCUGUGAAACAAUGUGAACAGGUAAUGGAUGAGUCAUGAGGAGUGUGUGCGCGGACAAAGCCUGUGAUGUAACUAAUUAAACCGCAGAAUAAGGCGAACAUUAAUUUACUAUAUUACUUAACUGUAUAGGCCAUGUUUCCAGGGAAAUAACUGAAAUAAAAAAGGUAUGUAGUGGAGUUUUUGACCACUACUGGUGCUAUGGAGAAACUAUUUUGAAUCAGUCCCUGAGAGCAUGGAUUAAACGGAUGUAACCAAUCCAGGUUUCACAAGUUAGAGAAUAUAUAUAUAAAAAUUGUUUGUCUAUGUCUAAAAUGUCUAUUUUAUUUGGUCAUGAUAAAACUGUUCUGUUGGGGAUGUGAAGUCUACAUACUAUGUAUUCUUUUUACAUGUGGUGUUAUUCCAAUUUGUGUUUUUUUUCUUUGUGUUUUUUAAUCUCAAAAUCAAAUAUAACAUUUUAUAUU